GAAGAAGAAGAAGAAGAAGAAGAAGAAGAAGAAGAAGAAGAAGAAGAAGAAGAAGAAAGAGGUUGAUAGGUUUGUGCGCCCGGGUCCCUCGUGCGAGCCCUGCUCCUCAUGGGUGCUAUUUGGCAAUUCCUGCUUCUGCUAUUGGUCAGUGUUUGAUCAUAUGGUUGUAUUUCCUUCUGUCCCUCACUGGCACCUCGCCAUCCCCCUUCAGCUAAAACCCAAUCUCGGAUAUACUACUAAUAGCUAAGGCGCUCGGACUAUAAAACACAACAAAUCAUAAAAGCCCGCUCAGCAGCACCGGCCGCGCCUCCCCUCCCAAUGAGUUCCUAUUUUGUGAACUCCACCUUCCCAGUUACUCUGUCCAACGGACAGGAGUCGUUCCUGGGUCAGCUCCCGCUGUACUCCUCGGGCUAUGCGGAUCCUUUAAGACACUACCCCGCGGCAUAUGGAACCGGGGCGGUCCAGGACAAGGGCUUUGCCUCUUCUUCCUACUAUCCACCGGCGACCGGGGGAUACGCCCGGGCUGCUGCUUGUGACUAUGGGCCAGCCGGCUUCUACAGGGAGAAAGAGUCCUCCUGCGCCCUCUCCAGCAGUGAAGAGCCUACCCCCUUCCACCCCGAGCCGAGGAAGUCCGACUGCGCCCAAGACAAAAAUGUUUUCGGAGACAGUGAGGAUCAGAAGUGUUCCACGCCUGUCUAUCCCUGGAUGCAGCGGAUGAAUUCAUGCAACAGUUCUUCUUUUGGGCCCAGCGGGCGGCGAGGCCGUCAGACAUACACCCGCUACCAGACCCUGGAGCUGGAGAAGGAGUUCCACUACAAUCGUUACCUAACGCGGAGGAGACGCAUCGAGAUCGCGCACGCCCUGUGCCUGACCGAGAGACAGAUCAAAAUCUGGUUCCAGAACCGACGGAUGAAAUGGAAAAAGGAGAAUAAGAUGCUCAACUCUUCCCAGCUCAGCCCGGAGGCAGAGGAAGAAAAGCCCACAGAGUGAUCUCCAGGAAGGACCGGGACAGAGGGAGGGAGGGAGGGAAGGAAAGUGAAGAGGAAUGGCAGGGGAGGUGGCUGAGGUGGGGGAAACGAAAAUAAGCAUCAUAUUAUCAUAUGCCUUCGUGGGAGGGAGCAGGAAGAGCGUGAGUGAGAAAUUCUCGAGCACCUCAGAGAGAGGCUGGACUAAUUCCAUUCCCUGUGGAGCUCCCACCCUGCAGAUUACUCCCGUCAGCUACUAGCCACUAGAGCUCCAGAUUGGCCCCCAUUCCAGGGUUUCUUCUCUGUCUCUUACAUCUCUAACCCUCCCACGAAAGCUACCUGGGGUCCCCAGUUUGUGUACUCCGGUUGAGAACCGAAAGGAACUCGCUCAUGUUGUGUUUCCCGGAAGCAAAGCAAAUCGCUGUUUUCCGUGUCUUGUCUUCAUUUUGUACAGUGUCCCAUGCACGGUUGAAUAAGAGAUUUGGUUUCCCUUUUGAGAGGGGAGGUCUCGAGGGGGGGGGCCUCCCCCUAUCCCUCAGACCUGUCGCCUCUUCCCCUCCCCCCUUAAUCCACUGGAAGGAGCACAGACUACCUAAGAGGAAGAAGAGCAGCCGCAGAAGAAAAACAAAGUUCUAUUUUAUUAAUUUUUCUAUGUGUUGUGUUGUAGUUUUGUCUUAGCUCUCCGACGUGAAAUACUGCGGUAAUAAUAAUAUUAUUAUUAAUAUCAAUGAUAAUAAAAAUGUGAAAACUCUGCCGGUCGUUGACACCCCCCCACACUUCUUUCUUUCCGGGGAAAAAUAGCCCCCAAACAGUCUGAAGACAAUCCCAGUGGGCCGCCGGCUGGUUGCAAGUAAACCCCGAUGUAACGCCCAGAUUCUCCGGCGGGGUCACUCGCUUGGCUCGGAUGAGGCUGAUAGGCUGGGCAAGACAGAAUUCGGAAAUUACAACUGAGACAAAUAUAUUCAGUCCCAAUGCCUGAAGCCUCCCUCCCCAACCCUCUUCUCUUGGUUACAUUUCACAUUAGCUCCAAGAUCACCGCAGACUCUGGGAUGGCAUUCACAGCCUGAAGUCCGACUUUCUUUUUUCUUUUCUGCUCCCCUAUUUUAUCUCCAACCCGACAAUUGUGUUAAGGAAUCCCACCCCUACCCCACCCCCAUACAUUAUAAAUCCGCGGAGCAAGGGAGAGUGAUUCCCCCAAGGCUUCGAGGAAGGCUCGCCAAUGCUGGGGCUACAUCUUUCCAACAUCUGUUCUCUUCUUUCGCUUUCUCAAACCUCGGGGCCUCUGUCUAUGACUGUCCAACCUCAUCCCCCACCCCCCCCCC